CACCUGUUCCAGCUCCCAGCCCAGCAUGGCAUCCCUGCUAUCCGUCUGUUCCUUGCCCUCGAUCCUGAUUCUGCUGGCUGUCCUGGCCCCAGGGGCUGCAGAAUUCAACAUCUCAAGCCUUUCUGGUCUGCUGUCCCCGGCGCUAACUGAGAGCCUGCUAGUUGCCUUGCCCCCCUGUCACCUCACAGGAGGCAACGCCACACUGAUGGUCCGGAGAGCCAAUGACAGCAAAGUGGUGAAGUCCAGCUUCGUGGUGCCUCCAUGCCGUGGGCGAAGGGAGCUGGUGAGUGUGGUGGACAGUGGGGCUGGCUUCACAGUCUCUCGGCUCAGUGCAUACCAGGUGACAAACCUCGUGCCAGGAACCAAAUACUACAUUUCCUACCUAGUGAAGAAGGGGGCAUCCACUGAGUCCAGCAGAGAGGUCCCAAUGUCCACACUGCCUCGAAAGAAUAUGGAAUCCAUUGGGCUGGGGAUGGCCCGAACAGGAGGCAUGGUGGUCAUCACAGUGCUGCUCUCUGUCGCCAUGUUCCUGCUGGUUGUGGGCUUCAUCGUUGCCCUGGCACUGGGUGCUCGCAAGUGAGGAGGCCCUCUGGGAAGUCCCGGGCACUGUCCAUUUCCACAGCUUGCCUCCUCCCAGGUCCCAGCCACUGGCCUUUGGCUUCUUCGGUGCCCUCCCCUCCCCCUGCCCCCUGCCCCCGAAGCCCUUUCCUCUGUCCCUCUCCUUGUCCCCAAUGCCUCACCUCCCAACAUGACCUAUUAUUCCCCUCACCCACUCCUGCCA